UGUGCGGUGUCCAUUGACAAUCGGAUGGUUGAAAGCACGCGAGCUGUGCUAGUUGCUACUGCUAAGGCCUCAGGCUUUCAUUGGCAAUAGCAAAAGGCAGUCGCACGAAGCCGAGCGCGCGCGCACCUCGCCGCAAACCUCGUUUUUGCGUGUUUUGACUUUUCUAAUUAGUUACGUGAUUUUCUUGUGAUUACUAGGAGUGCGGCCAGUAAAUCAAAAUGAAGUUACAUAUCAAAUUAUUCGAUCUGAUACCGGCGCGUUUCAACGUGGCCAUAAUGAUGUUCUUCGCGUGCUGGGUCAACUACAUGCUCAGAGUUAACAUGAGUGUCAACAUCAUCGCAAUGGUGCCAGAUGACAACAAAGCCACAUCGGUAAAAAGCGAAUGCAAGGCCAUAGUGAAUAACGACAGCUUAUUAUAUAAUGACACCGCAUCUGUGGUCACAAAGCGGGACAUACGUCAGCCUGAAGGUGUAGUCACGUUUAACUGGACAGCGCAAGAGCAAGCCUACGUUUUGUCAAGCUAUUUUUGGGGCUACGCCAUCACAUGCCUCUUCAGUGGGACAGCAGCCGAGCUAUGGGGUCCGAGGAAGGUGGUUUUCUUCACCAUGCUUCUAUCUGCCGUGCUGACAAUACUGACGCCCCAGGCUGCGAGGUUACAUCACGUGAUGCUGGUAGUUGUGCGUUUGGUCAUCGGUCUUGCAGCAGGUUUCCUCUUCCCCGCCCUGCACGCCCUAGUAGCUCGCUGGGCGCCGCCGCAAGAAAAGGGAAAGUUCGUCAGCGCUUUGCUGGGCGGUGCGAUCGGGACAGUGGUUACUUGGUCUCUUACCGGGCCCCUUAUUGAGACGUUUGGCUGGAGCGCCGCAUUCUACGUACCAGGAGUAAUCGGCGUAGUAUGGUGUGCAGCCUGGUGGUUGCUCGUAUACGACUCACCCGUAACACACCCAAGAAUCUCUGAUGAUGAAAAGGCGUAUAUCCUAGCUGCCAUUGGUGACAAGGUUCAGCAAGGCUCGAAAGAUACCAAGAUCGUGCCCCCAUUCAAAAGCAUCCUGACUUCGUUCCCAUUCCUCGCCAUGGUGGUACUCCACUAUGGCAGCAACUGGGGCUUGUACUUCGUGAUGACAGCAGCACCAAAGUUCGUGUCAAGCGCGCUCGGGUACAACCUCACCUCCACUGGAACUCUGUCCUCCUUGCCGUACUUGGCUAGGAUGAUCUUUUCACUUAUCUUCGGCGCCAUUGGCGACAGAAUCGUCAAACAAAAUGUCGUCUCCACGACGUUUAUGAGGAAGUUCUUCUGCCUGUUCUCUCACAUUGUACCCGGCCUACUCCUCAUUGGUCUCGGAUACACAGGCUGUGCGCCGAUUCUUUCAGUCGCUCUCAUCACAUUCUCUAUGGGAUCCAACGGUGCUGCCACAUUGACGAACUUGGUGAACCAUCAGGAUCUUGCGCCGAACUACGCUGGGACCCUGUAUGGAAUUGCUAAUGGAAUCGGAAACACUGCUGGAUUUGUCACACCGAUGGUGACAGCCUACUUUACAAAGAAUGGGAAUGGUUUUGCGGAAUGGCGGCCUGUCUUCUUGACCGGAGCUUCUCUAUACUUCGCGUCAGCAUUGUACUUCAUCCUGUUCGGAACUGGAGUGACGCAGUCAUGGAACUACAUUGCUCCGUCCGAUGAAGACGAAGAGGACAAAAGACCAACCGAUACGACCGAAAAUUCCACGGAAACGACCAUUAGCAUUCCCGUUAAGACGUAAAUAAUUAUUAACAUUUCUUGCCAUAAAAACAUGAAGUGAAUUUUUUGUACCACGCGGAUGAAAAAGUAAUGGAAUAAUUAGGGAAGUCCAUGUGAGGUUCUGAGAAAUUGCUUCUGAGAAACAUACUUAUUGAGAUUUAUGAUAGAUAUUUACUGUACAAAAAAUAUCUUAAUGUAUAAGUACUUAGAUGUCUAUUUUAUAGUGAUUUUACGAAUUUAAACUAAUGACUUUUGAUAAAAAAUAUUAAGGAACAACAAAAGCAAAGUUGUGUGGAUAAUUUAUGUAACUCGCAAACGGGCUUAUCUGUGAUCAAAAAUAUGCUCAUUCCACAUUUAGUAGGUAUCGUAAUAUAGGUAAAUAUGUAAUUUACUUAAGUGCCUAUCUAUUUUUCUUUUUAUUUUGAUAAUUAUAUUUUUAUCCAGAAAAUUAAUUUUGUAGGUACAUAGGUAGGUCUAUGCGUGUUAUUAUUUUACUUACUUAUAUAUCAUUUCUUGUAAAAUAAUUUGUAUAGGUACCAACAUUACUUUACAUAAUAAUAAAUUAAUGCCCCAAAUAAUUAGACUUAUUAACUAGGAUUUACUUUUUUAAGUGUCACAAUUUACAAGCAGGGUUAUUAAUUAAUAUAAAACCAUUUAAAAGGUUCGUGUAUUGGUGUAUUGUGACUGGUUACUUGCCUUUAUACUAAAGUCGAUGUAUUUUAGGUAGGUACCUAUUACCUACCUAAAUAUUUUGGGAGAAGUCUUUUUGAUGCUGUAUUUUAAAACAGUGACAUGCAAUGCAAUGUAUACCUACUUAAUUUAGAAAACUCUGCAGUUCAAUAUCAAAAACUUAGCGAUCUUACGAACUACUUAGUGGUCGGUAACUAUGGGCCUCACAAGACAUCUCAGAGUCACUUAGCGGGCGAUGGAGAGAGCUAUGAGUUUAAGUUUCAUUACGUGAUCAAAUCAGAAAUGAUGAGAUUGUAAAAGUAUCAGAUUAAUCAACAUAGCUCAACGUGUUGCGAUUUGCGAAGCUGGAGUGCCAAUGGACGUGGCACAUAUUUCGAAGGAUUGAUAAACUUUGGGUAUCCAAGGUGCUGGAAUUACGAUUUCGCUU